AUGACAAUACGACAACGAACAAAAGUAAAAGCUGAUCACUCAAAUAAUUUUAUUCAACAACAAGAUUCUAAUACAAGAAAAACAAUAAAACAAGAAAAAGAUUCCUCGUUGGAUAAUAUCACUUUAAUCAUGCUGGAUGCUGAUUAUUUGCCAGAAUUUCAAAUUCGAACACCUACUCAACAAGCAGAAUCGUACAUUGAAUUCAAUAAUAAAUUCGAAUUUCAAAUAGGCCCAAAUGUACAAUAUCUUAAUAUCUGCUUAUGGUGUAAACCAUCACUCGAUUCUAACAUACCAUAUGCUGACAAGAAACUUAUAUUACUCGGUUAUGCUAGUGUUGCUCUUUCUGAACUUAUACUUGAUGCUCAUAUGAGUUUUAAACAUGAAACUGAAAUGACACUCAAUUUUCGACCUGCUUAUAUAUCAAAAUCUAAUUUAAAAUUUAUUCGAACAAAUUCUAAAAGUAAAAAUCUAACUGAAUUAAGUACACAUAGAGGUUAUGAUGAUAAUAUGGCUCAUGGUUUUGUUACAAUUCAUGUUAAACAUCGACCAACUAUUGAAAUAAAAUUAAAUCAAGAAGAAAAAAAAGAAUUUGUCAUUGAAAAAGAUGAUAAACAAAAACAAGAACAAUUAAUAUCUAUUAAUGAAGAACAUAAAUUAUUUUUAUCGAAUUCUACAACUAAUCAUUUAUUUGAAGAUCAUACAUUUAAUGUUGAAACAUUUUGUACUUAUUGUAAUAAAAAAAUUUGGUCAAAAACUGGUCGUCAAUGUCGAAAUUGUUCAAUGAUAAUACAUAAAAAAUGUGAAGAUAAAUUAAAUCAUGAAUAUAUUUGUACACAUGAAUCUAUUGAUUUAAAAUCUAAUGAAUUUGAUAAUUAUUCGAUUAUAUCAACUGAUAAUAUUGAUUCAAUUUCAAAUAUAAAUCAAACAACGACAAUAACAACAUCUCAUUUUCCAGCAACAAAAGAAACUACUGCUGUUGCUGCUGCUGCUGCAUUUUCUAUAUCUGAUUUAAUACCAAGUCUACCAUUUCGUUCAUUAAGAAAUAAAAAUUUUAGUUCAAUACCAACAGUAACUUUAUCAAAUGAAAAAUUAGAUAAUAAUUCAUCAUCAACUACAGAACAACGACUUAUAAAAAAUCCUCCAAUUCAAUCAUCUUGGAAAUUAAUUAAUGCUGUUUCAUUAGCGUAUAGUAAAUUACUUGCACUUAAAACAAAACGAAUACAUCUUGAAUUAACAUUUGAAACAAAAAAGAAACGAUCAUUAUCUGAUUUGGCUGUACAUGAAAACAUUUCCGAAGAUGAUCUGCAAGAUAUUAUAACAACAUGUUUGUCAAAUGAAACAAUCAAUAUAAAAAGUUUUGAAUAUUUACUUCAUGAAAAAGCUGUUGAUCAUACAACACUUUAUGCAAAAGCUAAUCAAUUUGGAGCUGAAUUAUUUCCAGACUUAACAAUUGAAGAACGAAAACAAAAAUUUGAGAUUGAAAUUUCUCGAUUACAACAAGAAAUUGAUUUACAAGAUCGAAUACGUGAUGAAAUGAUUAUUGAAUAUAAUAGUGAGUUAUCGGAUGAAAAUACUAAAAGAAAAAUUCAAUUAAGAAUUGCUAAUGUUGAUGAAAAAGUACAAGCACUUGCUGCAUUGACGAUUCUUUAUUGUUCUGGUCUUAGACAUUGUUAUUCUCAAUUGUAA